GAGCCGCCCAGGGGCCAGACGGAGCCGCCGGGGCCGUUGGGUUUGCACCGUUCGGGGGCCGUGGCGGCGGCGUGCGCCGCCAUUAAGCGCCGGGUGCUCCAGCCCGUGCGGGGCCUCACGCUCUCAUACAGGAUAUUUGUAAAGGUCUGGCGGUACCUGCCCGCUGCGAGGAUGGACAGCGAGGUGCAGAGGGAUGGCAGGAUCUUGGACCUGAUCGACGACGCGUGGAGGGAAGACAAGCUGCCCUACGAGGACGUGGCCAUCCCGCUGAAUGAGCUUCCUGAACCAGAGCAAGACAAUGGUGGCACAACUGAGUCUGUGAAAGAACAAGAAAUGAAGUGGACAGAUCUGGCUCUCCAGUAUCUCCAUGAAAAUGUUCCUCCCACAGGAAACUAGCGAAUCAGUCAGAUUUCAUGCAGGGGAUGCAUGAAUGUGAUAUAAAAAUUAUUUUUCAUCUGACCAUCAUUGUCAUAAGCUUCUCUAAGGAGGAAACAAAGUUCCUGAAGAAGGCUUGGAUUCAAACUGCUCAGUGACUAAACACAGUUUAACAUGCUUCUGUGAUCUGUGUGAAAUAACAAAGGCUAUCUGAAACCUCAGAGCUAACAUCAGAAUGUUUCUCUUUACUUAUGUAACAUUAUUUUAUAUCUUCUGUUAACUUAUUCUUAAGUUGGUGCCAAUUUUGUUCUUAAAUGUUUUCUACAUGUGAUAUAAAAGUAGUUUUUACUGUU